AUGUUUUUUGCAGCGGCUGCUACAGCUGUACUAAUACUGCAGCUGCUGGUAGCUCUGAUUGCUCCAUCCUCAUGCUCGUCAGUUGAGCGGGACGAUCACUUGUGCGGCCAAUACCAAAGCGGAACAUGGGCCUUAUGCGACCCGGGACGCUGUUGUGGCCCCGAAUCUUACUGCGGUCAGGGUUACGAGUACUGUUCCCCUGAUUAUUGCACGUUCCAAUGUCCUCGCGCUCCUCCUGGUGGUUAUGAUCAAAGCAAUUAUGAAGUUACUGAAACUCAAGGAGCUGGAACUGGAGGAGGAGUACUGAUCACUCGCCUUGUUAACGCUACGCUGCACAAUAACCGCUACUUCAAUUUGAAUAUUGGCGGCGAUGAGCUCGUCAAAAUGACCGCCGACAAUGCUUCUUCAUCUUCAUCUUCUUCUUCUUCCUCACCGUCGUCGUCGUCGUCCUUGUUAUCAUGUGCAAGGUCUCUCUCCCGCCUGCCGUUAGUUUCUCGUUACAAGUACCCGUUCGCUGCUCUGCCUGCCCCGCAGGCUCAAAACAACAUCACUGCUGCUACUCGUUGCGGCCGCUGCUUAAUGGUGAAUUAA